AUGUCAUCGUCGCGGUACCGGAGUCACAACCGCCCAGCGCCAGCGGCCUUGGCUACGCGCAACAGCACGCGCCGACAGGGCAGGGUCUCCGAUGCCGACGCCGCCAUCACCAGGGACGCAUCCCCGUGGGCGUCGCUGCACCAGGAGCUAUUGGACCUGAUCGCGUGGCGGGUGUUGGCGGUCGACUUCCGGGGCUACGUCCGGUUCCACGCCGUGUGCGCGUACUGGCGCUCCAGCACCACUUGCCCGCGCGGUCGCGGCAUCGUCGACCCGCGCUUCCACCCACCGCAGUGGAUGAUGCUGCCCGAGGGCCACGGCCUCUACCCGGGCCACGACAAGCUGCAGGGGCUCGUCCGCUUCUUCAACCUCUCAACCGGGGCGUUCGUCCGCGUCCACCUCCCGCUCUUGAGUGACCACAGCGUCCUCGACUCAAUCGACGGUAUCCUGCUGCUGCAGCGGGACCACGACACCGUCGUCCGCCUCCUCCACCCAUUCACCGGCGACAUCCUCGGCUUCCCGCCUCUCAAAACCCUCCUGAGUUCUGUGAUCGGCUCGACAUCGUUGGAAAGCAAGUGA